AUGUCCCAGCCCGUGGCUCCCAGCCCCGCGGCGGCCGUCGGGGCCGGAGGAGGGGCAGGUGCCCCGACCCGCGUGUCCCCGUCUCGCCGGCGGGGGCUCCCCGCGAGCGGGGGAACCGGCCCGGCGCCGCCAGGACACCCCCGCCGGCGGCUGCCGCCCAGCCAGGCCGCCCUGCGCCGCUCCCCGGGCCCGCUCUAUGCCGGGCGGGCGGCGGCGCUGGGGCCGGGGCUGCGGCGCGGCGGGCAGGCGCUGCCCCCUCCCCGCGCCGGGACAUGGGUAAGCACGGCCGGCCGAGGGGAGGUCGCCGGGACGGACGAGGCUGGGGGGGCGCCGGGCGGGGGGCGCCGAGACGGAGCCCCGGACCCGCCGCUGCGGCCCGAGCCGUGGAGGGAGCGGGCGGGGGUCUGGCACGACGGGUCCGAGCACACCUACGGGGAGGUGAACCAGCUGGGAGGUGUCUUCGUCAACGGGCGGCCGCUGCCCAACGCCAUCCGGCUGCGGAUCGUGGAGCUGGCUCAGCUCGGCAUCCGGCCCUGCGACAUCAGCCGGCAGCUCCGCGUCUCGCACGGCUGCGUCAGCAAGAUCCUGGCCCGUUACAACGAGACCGGCUCCAUCCUGCCCGGGGCCAUCGGCGGCAGCAAGCCGCGGGUCACCACCCCCAACGUGGUCAAGCACAUCCGAGACUACAAGCAGGGAGACCCCGGAAUCUUCGCCUGGGAGAUCCGCGACCGGCUCCUGGCAGACGGCGUCUGUGACAAGUACAACGUGCCCUCGGUCAGCUCCAUCAGCAGGAUCCUGAGGAACAAAAUCGGCAGCCUUUCCCAGCCCGGUCCCUUCGACAGCGGCAAGCAGCCGCCCCCGCAGCCCGCCCUGCCCUACAACCACAUCUACCAGUAUCCCUACCCCAGCCCCAUGGCCUCGCCGGCCGCCAAGAUGGGAGGGGGACACCCCGGAGGACCCGUGGCCGCGGCCCACGUCAGCCUGCCCCGCUCCUGGCCCUCGGCGCACUCCGUCACCAACAUCCUGGGCAUCCGCACCUUCGUGGAGCAGACGGGGGCUCUGGCUGGCACAGAGGGGUCUGCCUACCCCUCCAAAAUGGAAGACUGGCCCAGCGUGAACAGAACGGCCUUCCCUCCGUCCCAGGCAAUCAACGGCAUCGACAAGGCUGCCAUGGAAGGAGAUAUCAAAUACCCGCAGCCCGCCCCGGGUCUCUCCUCGGUGGGCAGCUUCCUCCCGGCUUGUGCCUACCCCCCCUCCAACCAGCACGGCGUCUACGGCGGGCCGACCGGCGGCUACAUCCCCCCGGGGCACCCCUGGCAGCCGCAGGGCAGCCCCUUGGCUCACCACGGGCCCGGCGUGGCGGUGCACGGAGGCGACCUGGCCACGGCGAUGGCCUUCAAGCAGCCCGGGAGGGAAGUUGCAGACAGAAAACCUGCCAGCCCUGUGGGGAAAUCUUCAGACCCUCUAAAUACCAUCCAUGGACUCUCUAUCCCAGCCUCCUCAUCCUAGAGCCAUGGAGCAGCAGUCAAGACAGUGACCCUUGG